AUGUCAGGCGCCAAGGGCAGAGCGAUCGUCUCGCGCGAUACGCUCGAUAACGGAGGCUGGAAGAUGGAAGAGGUCGGUCUGAGAGAGCCAGGCGAGGGCGAGCUGUUGGUCGAGAUGAUCGCCACGGGUGUCUGCCAUACAGACGUCCUUAUCGGUGGCCUUCCCGCCGGCGCAGCUCCCAUUGCUUUUUAUCCUCGAAUUCUCGGACAUGAAGGCUCUGGCUACGUACGUAAAGUCGGACCCAAUGUCUCCGUAGCCAAGGAGGGCGAUCCAGUCCUCUGCUCCUUCGCCUUCUGCAACGACUGUGCCAUCUGCAAAGCCGGCCACCACUCCAACUGCAACUCCUUCAACGAGCUGAACUUCGGCCCCUCCCCAGUCUUCACUCUCGCAAACCAAAAGGAAGGAGGUGAACCCGAAGGCCAAGGCGCCUUCUUCGGCCAGUCAUCCUUUGCCAACUUCUCCAUCGUGAAACAAUGCUCCGUCGUGAACGCCACUGGCCUUAUCAACGACAAGAAAGACCUAGAAAUGUUCGCGCCUCUCGGCUGUGGAAUCCAAACUGGUUCCGGAACCGUCGUCAACGUCUCCGGCGCCGACAAGACGGAUGCCAUCUGUAUCAUGGGUCUCGGAGGAGUUGGUCUUUCCGCCAUCAUGGGCGCCAAAAUCCAAGACUGCCGUAUCAUCAUCGGCAUCGACCGCGUGCAAAAGCGUCUCGACCUCGCUAAAGAAAUGGGCGCAACUCACGUCAUCGACGGCUCCAAACUUCCCGAAGGCAAGUCCCUGGGCGACGUCGUCCGAGAGAUCGCAGAUGGUGUUGGUCCCACCAUCACCAUCGACACGACCGGUGCGCCUGUGUUGAUGGACGCGGGUAUGGAGUUCACCCGCAACCACGGGAAGUACAUUCAAGUCGGGUCGCCGCCUUUCGACUACCAACUCAACAAGUUCAAUGCUUUCACCAACAUGGUUGCUGGAAAGCAGUGGAUUGGCGCGAUUGAGGGAGGUGCAUACCCGCCGGAUUAUGUCCCUAAGAUGAUUCAGUGGUAUCGCGAGGGCAGGUUCCCGAUCGAUAAGCUGAUGAAGUUCCUUCCGGCCGACAAGUUCGAGCAAGCUUGUCAGGAGAUGCACACUGGAGAGACUAUUAAACCAAUAUUGACGUGGUCCUAG